AUGAAUUUUUGUUCCAUUAUUUUUUUAUUUAUUGUUAUAUUAAGUGUAUUACGUGCAGAAAAAGAGAAUAUCCAUAAAGAAAAUUUAUAUACACAUGAUAAUAAAAACACAUCAAGGGUAAAAUGUGCGACAAAAGAGCCAGUAUAUAAUUAUUCGUCAAAAAAUGAUAAUAUAUAUGAGAAAUUUCAAAUAUAUGAUAAAGAAAAAGAAAAAAACCAUUUGGAUAAAGGAAAAAGUGAUGAACAAUAUUCAGAAAAUGUAUUAUAUCAUGAGAAUAUUGAAGACAUAAUUGAAUUGGUUAAAAUAGAAGAAUGUGGUUAUUAUGAAAAUAAUAUGAUGAAGGAAUGUAAUGUAAGAUCUUCAUCAAAUCCUAUGUUUAAAAGAACUAGUAGGAUGACUAAAUUUAAGAAUAAAUUGUAUAAAAUGAUUUUUAAAAAAAAUAAAUUUUGGAAAGUUAUUUCAGGAAUGAUUACAGUUUUGGGACAAAGUGCUAUAAUUUGUGAAAUUAUACUGGUUAUAGGAUAUAUUGUUUUAUGUACAUGUCCAUCUAUACUUUCAACUGUUUUUAUAUUAUUUAAUGCAUGUUUAGGUAUUUUAGGAAUUAUUACAUUAUUAAUAAUAUUAGUAAUUAUUAUGGUUUGGUUACUUGUUACAUGGUUAUGGUCGCAUAAAGAUAUGUAUUACGAAACACAUGAGGAAUAA